GAACCUGUAGGAGCUGCACCCCAAAAUCUCCUUUUUUCUUUUUUCAAGCUUAAAAAAAGCCUCAUUUAUUCCUCGUGCUUUUUAACCCACCUUCCUCUACCACCUUUGUUUUUUUCUAAGAUUAAAAACAUAAAUAAAAUCUCUUUGCUUAGCCUAACAUCAUAUUUUUCGAACAGAUCCUUCGUUUAGCUGUAAGUAAAGUUUUAAAGAUCAUUCUCUGAGAAAGAACCCCCCCCCCCCAAAAAAAAACAAAAAGAGCAAAUAGUUGGGAUUCUGGUUUCUAUGAAUAUGUCGUGUUCACCGGAAUUUAUGGUUCAGAAACCGGCGAGGUCACCGGAGAAGACAAGUUUUACCCAAACUUGUAACUUAUUGAGUCAGUACUUGAAGGAGAAAGGUAGCUUUGGAGAUCUAAGUCUGGGUAUGACAUGCAACGUUGAAGCUAAUGAGACUCCCGAGAUGCUGCGUCCCACCAUGAAUUUGUUUCCUGUCAAUGGGAAAUCCGGUGAUGAUUGCCAUGCGGCGCCUCCUCCUCGGAAACUGAGAUCCAUGGAUUUGUUCCCUAAUCAAGCUGCUUUUUCAUCACCUAAAGAUGAUGCUCUGAAAAGCAGCAUGAACAAAUUGGGUUCUUCAGUGGAGCCUCAAACUGCACAGAUGACCAUCUUUUAUGGUGGACAAGUGAUUGUGUUCAACGAUUUCCCGGCCGACAAAGCUAAGGAGAUCAUGCUUUUAGCUGGCAAAGGCAGCUCUCAAAACAAUAGCUUCAACCCCAAUCCUCCCCACAUCAAUGCCCCCUUUACUUCUACCAUAGCAACAAGUCCGGUUGAGUCCGGUAUCGGGGUUCCUCCUACCCCUAAUUUCAGCACCACGGUAACUCAAGAAUGCAUUCGAUCUGCUCAGCGACCCAUUCCCGGCGAUCUACCAAUUGCAAGGAGAGCUUCACUCCACCGGUUCCUUGAGAAGAGAAAGGAUAGGAUGACCACAAGUGCACCAUACCAGAUAAGUAACUCCACAGCAUCUUCAUCCAAGCCAGGCAACGACAAGUCAUGGCUCGGUUUGGCUGCUCAAUCUCCGUAGUAGUCCCAGCCGAGUUGAAAAUUUUCACUUUUUUUGAGGCUUAUUUAUUAAGCCUCCUAUCCCUUUUUUAGCAGGUUUUAAGCCUGUUUUGUUUUUUCCUCAGCUGUCUAUUGGUUUCUAGUUAUCGGCUCUUAGAUCCUAACUCUCAAUCAAUAUCUCAUUAUUAGAUAAAUGUAAUUAUUUUUCUAUUGAUUUUUUAGUUGAUAUUACUUUUGGAUCAAAGCUUUGUCCAUCUUCUGCACGAGUGAUCGUGAAGUAUGAAAUUGGGUGUUGAAGUAUAAAAAAGCUGAAGAAUCUGGAAUUAGUACUAAUGUGAAUGGGGGAUUGGGUAGUGUUGAAAUUUCAAUAUCAAAUCAGUCAAAUCGUUAUCAACAA